AUGCGAUCUUUUAAACUUCUAAUAACGGUCGCUACCGUUCUUCUAGGUGUUGCCGUAUCAGCCUCUAAGAAGCUUCUUAGUGGCGGCACUAUAGUUGCCUUUGACCAUGAAACCGAAUCCUUAAAAGUGAUCCGAGGCGGCUCGAUUCUCAUCGACGGAGAUCGAAUUGAAACAGUUUUCGAGGACGCCAGUGAAGCGAAUGCCAGUAUACCCAUCAUUGACACCACUUUAGAGACAAGCGACAGUUCGAGAAGUGUCGAGGUCAUUGAUUGCACGAACAAGAUCAUCACUCCCGGCUUCAUUGAUACUCACCGCCAUGGAUGGCAAACAGUUUACAAGACUAUGGGUUCCAACACAACACUCCCUGAUUAUUUAUGGAGAUAUAGCGCUGUGGUAGCUCAGCCGCUAUUCACGCCCGAUGAUCUGUACAUCAGCCAGUUGGUUGGGCUAUAUGAAGCAGUGGCCGCGGGUGUGACGACAACUCUGGAUCAUGCCCAUCACACUUGGAGUUCAGAUGCCGCCACGGCCGGUCUUCGUGCCACAAUUGAUAGCGGCAUGAGAGUUUUCUGGGCAUACGCAUUCCAGCCCGUAUAUGAAAACUUUCCGGUGCAGGAACAGAUUUCCCAAUGGAAACAGCUGAUAUCCCAGGUAGCAGGCACCGUCACAGAGCUUGCAGUGGCAUACGAUUUUUGGAGUGACAGCCCCUUCAUAGACAAAGCAACCACAGACAUGGUUAUUGACCUCCUCAACGAAUACAAGCCGCUUUUGACUACCCAUCACGUCGAGGGCCCGUGGCUAAUGGGAAACAGCCCGCAAGACUUGAAUAAGGCAGGCAUUCUCAGCUCCAGCAUCCCGAUCGUUUUCUCGCAUAGCUCCUUUAUCGACACGGCGGGUGCGAACCUCCUGAGAGCCACCAACAAGCACAUUUCCAUAACGCCCGAGAGCGAGAUGCACUACGGCCACACUCACCCUACUUCCCAUCUCAUUCUUGACCAGGCGUCACUAGGCGUCGACACCCACUUCACGUUUUCCACAGAUAUUCUCACCCAGGCUCGCAUGUACUUGCAGUCGGUGCGUUACCGGCUCUAUCAGAAGACGCUCGAUCGCUGGCAGGUAACAGCCAACAGUCCCUUCUCAGUCAACCAGGCCUUCCUCCUAGCCACCCGAAACGGGGGCCUGGCCCUCGGCCGAAAAGACCUAGGCGUGAUUGCCCCCGACGCCAAGGCCGACAUUGUGGUCUGGGAUGGCCGCUCGCCGGCGUUGCUGGGAUGGGCGGACCCCAUCGCAGCCAUCAUUCUGCACGCCAGCGUUGGUGACAUUGACCACGUUCUUGUCAACGGCGAGUUCAAGAAGCGAGACAAGAGGCUAGUUGUUGAGGGCUAUGACGAGGCUGUAGACAAGUUUCUCGAAGCUGCGAAGAGGAUCCAGGACGCUUUGAGGAAGCUGCCCCUCCCGUCACAAGAGGGAGUCUUUUUCUCUGGUUCUCCGUUGGGUCAGACUGAAACCUUGGAUGUCCUUCGAGGCGAUGGGAAUGGGUAUGGUCCGCAGUUUGUUUGA